AUGAGCGCCGAACACCCUCCUCCGUACGCCCCGCCUCCGCCGGCCCAAGGCUUUCCGGGCACCGCGCCCUACCAGGCUCCGCCCUCCUCUUACUACUACCACAGCCCGCGGCCGCCGUCGACCCCGACCGGCUACGGCGGCCCCUUCUACGACAAGGCCUACGGGGGUCCGCCCAAACACACGGUGUAUGUGGUGGAGCCCAACGAAGGCGCGGCCUACGCGGGCAGCGGCGGCGGCGCGUUGAGGUCCCUGUUGUCUGCGUGCUCCGGCCUGCUAUGUUGCUGUUGCCUGUGUGACCUGCUGACCCGUCACCUUUGA